AAUCAAAGAGGCGCGAGGGGUAGACCAGUCUAACGUCUAACCUCGGUGAUCCAAAAUGGCGUAUGCCGAGUAAAAAAUCGAAACGCGCAAUUCCAAUCAAUAUCUUUCUAAAUUUAACAAUUCAACCGAAAAUUCGCCAAAUUGUGAUGUUAUGACGCGGCCGCCGAGCGUCAGUUGAGUUAAUAAUGCAAGAGUUCGUCCUGGCCGCGUUCUCGUUUGUCUCCAGCCUGCUGAUCGUCAUCGCCCUCGUGUUGUUCGGUAAUUCCAACCAAGCCAAAAGGCUGGUAUUUAGUGUGGAAGUUCUUUUUGUCGAGGUUCAAGUUCGUCAAGGAGCUGCUGGGUGGGAUGAACGAAUCCUCACCUGUUCACGAUUUGAAAAACGGCAGAUCGCGCGUGAAGAAGAUACGCAGGGAUUAAGAGGCAAAUUGAGGGAAUCCAGACGGGGUGAUAUAGGAUCGACGAUUUACAAGUUGUUUGUAAUAGACAAUAUGUAG